GGCCGGUAGCCGGCGCGGCCGAGAGGCGGCGGAAACGCACGAGGCUCCGACCGUCGGCUCCGUCGCUUCCCCCACCGCGUCGGCCGCGCGCGCGCGCUCUCUCUCUCUCUCUCUCUCUUUCGUGUCUCCUCGCUCGCGUUCGCGACGAACUUCGCGUCCUCCCCGGAGCCAGUGUGUCCGUGUCCGUUGCCGUGGUGGGAUCGCGGCGCGUCUCCCUCCGCGCUGCGCGCUCCUCUUUCUUUCGUCGCUCUCUCGUCAUUCCGUGCAGCGAGCGAGCGAGCGAGCGAGCGUGCGCCCGCCCGCCGUCGCGACGCCGGGCUCCAGCGUACAACGAAAUAUUUGGAGAAACCGCCCCGUUUGUGUGCCUGUGCGCGAGCCGCGAGUUUCGGAGUAAAACACCGGCGCAGCACGGCCGUGGUGUGUGCGCGCGCGAGCACAGCGACGUUCCCAUGUGCGCGCGCGUACGUAACCGCCGCCGCCGCCUCAUGUUUACGGAUCUGAUUUAGUGUUGUUCUCGAUCGCCUCUGCUCGGCGGCGCGCGGCAAGUGACUGCCGGGGCCGAACGAACGAACGAACGACCGACCGACCGACCGGGCUCGGCUUCAUCGUCGGGACUGUGAGCGCCGUUUUAUACGCGCGGCGCGUCGGCAUCGGGCGCGCGUUUUUAUCAGGACACGAGGGACAAUGGAUUAAUUCUCGCCGGGGCGAGACUGCGGGGCUACUAGGCGGACGCAGGCGACUGCGACCGGCUCGCGGUUGUAGGAGUUUGGAGUAAACGCAGCGGGAGUACGCGAUAAAUCAAGGCUGCCGUGAUGCGAGCCGUGCAGCCAUGAGCCGCACGUCCUUGAGCACGAGACCCGCACGGCGGACCAAGUUAUUUCCCGCGCGAACAAUGACGAGCCUGUUGACGUUGUUGGUGCUCGCGACGACGUUUACGAACGUACUACCGGAAUCGGCGAUAAAUCCGGUAGGUAGCAUCGUCGGGUCGGGAUCGGGAGUCUCGUCCUCGUCCGGCAGCUCGUCCUCGUCGUCGUCGGUGAUCGGGGUGGUGUCCGACAGCUCCAGCCCUAGCGGCAACGGAGUCGGCGGUGUCGGCAACGGCAACGGCAUCGGUGGUGUCGGUGGCAACGCCGGUGGUAGCCAUGCCGGUAUAAAUGGAGGCGGCGGUGGGCAUUCCGGCAUCGGGAGCGGCAACGGGAAGGGCCGUUGCGAGGAGAUCACGAUUCCCAUGUGCCGCGGUAUCGGCUACAAUCUCACCGCCAUGCCGAACGAAUUGAACCACGACACGCAGGAUGAGGCCGGCCUGGAGGUGCACCAGUUCUGGCCGCUGGUCGAGAUAAAAUGUUCAGCGGAUCUCAAGUUCUUCCUGUGCUCGAUGUACGCGCCAAUCUGCCUGCCGGAGUACACGAAACCGCUCCCGGCCUGUCGUAGCGUGUGCGAGCGAGCGCGAACGGGUUGCGCGCCCCUGAUGCAGCAAUACGGCUUCUCGUGGCCGGAGAGAAUGGCGUGCGAGCGCCUGCCCUAUCACGGCGACCCGGAGAACCUGUGCAUGGAACAGGACAACCGCACCAGCAGCACCGGCACGGGCCCAGGUGGUAACGGCGGCGCGGCGAACAACGGCGUCCCGGUACCGCCGGGCCCGCCGGCGCGACCCACGCGGCCCAGCAAGACUUCGCAGCCGGCCCGCUGCAAGCCGGGCAAGAAUCAAAAAAACUGCCAGCACCCCCCGGGGGAGAGGACGAGGGACUGCGCGUGCAGAUGCAGGGCGCCCCUCGUGCCCCUGGGGGCGGCUGGCACGGGGAUGUCAGGAGCGAUAAGCGGCGUCAGCGGCAGCGUCAUCGGGGCCGGCAGCACCGGGGCCAACGCGGCGGCGGCGGCGGCGGCGGCGGCGGCGGGGGCUGGCUUGGCCGGCAUGGCCGUAAGUGGGAUAAUGCCGGCGCCGGCACCGCCGUCGAUGGGCGGUAUCGGCCGAAGCAUCAUCCAGGAGAUCGCGGGGGUGCCGGACUGUGCCCUACCGUGCCGCGGCGCGUUCCUCACCAACGAAGAGCGCGAGUUCGCGGCCGUCUGGCUGGCGCUCUGGAGCGGCCUGUGCGCCGCCAGCACUCUCGUGACCGUCACCACGUUCUUAAUCGACACCCAGCGUUUCAAGUAUCCUGAGCGACCGAUCGUCUUCCUCUCGGCCUGCUACUUCGUCGUGUCCCUAGGGUACUUGUCGCGCAGCAUGUUCGGCCACGAAGAGAUCGCCUGCGACGGCCCGGCCUUGAAGUCGGGCGCCCAGGGCCCGGGCGCCUGCGUCACCGUUUUCCUCCUGAUUUACUUCUUUGGCAUGGCUUCUUCCGUAUGGUGGGUUAUUCUGGCGUUCACAUGGUUCCUCGCGGCUGGUCUCAAGUGGGGCAACGAGGCGAUAGCGUCGUACUCGCAAUACUUCCACCUAGUGGCGUGGCUGUUCCCGACCUUGCAAACGGUUUGCGCGUAUGUCGCGGGUGGCGUUGCCGGUGACCCGGUAGCGGGGGUUUGCACAGUCGCCCCCGAGGGGGUGCGCAACUUCAUCCUGGCGCCCCUGUUCGUUUACCUUUUAUUGGGCACGACUUUCCUCCUGGCCGGCUUCGUGAGUCUCUUCCGAAUUCGAUCGGUGAUCAAGCGCCAGCCGGGCGCUAAGGCAGACAAGCUGGAGAAACUGAUGAUACGAAUCGGCGUGUUCAGCGUACUAUAUACGUUACCGGCCGGCGUGGUAUUGGCAUGCCACAUCUACGAGUCGACUCUGCGAGACGAGUGGCUCAGCUCGCUGGCAUGUCCCUGCCGCCCACGGGCCAGACCCCUCUACUCCAUCCUGAUGCUCAAGUACUUCAUGGCUCUCGCGGUCGGCAUCACCUCGGGAGUCUGGAUCUGGAGCGGCAAGACGGUCGAUUCCUGGAAACGGCUAUGGAGGCGCCUGUUCGGCGGUGACCGCGGCCACAUGGGCGCCGGUGCCGGGAUGGUGGCCGGCGUGACCGGCGGUAUCGGCAGCGGUAUCGGCAGCGGCAUCGGUAUCAAGGGCGUGGUGGGCCGGGGGAUCGCGAUGCCGUACCCUUCGGCGCCGGGCCCGGGCAGCGCCCUGCUGCCCCCCGGCAGCGUCGCCAGUGCGUCCCAGCAUCACUUGCACCAUCACGUACUCAAGCAACCGCCGCUCUCGCACGUAUGACGUCACCAGUCCGCGGGGGGCGACAUGAACACCGCUGGAUGCGUCGAGCAGUCACAGCAGCAGGAGAGGCCUUCCGCCCUCAGCAAUUACGGGCCCAUCUAGCCCUUCGCCUCGGCCUCGCGCAGGCACAACGCGACGCCGCAUACGGCGCCGCACACGGCGCCGCACACGCCCCAUUCGGCGGCGACCAUCUACUCCAGGAGAUCGCUCGCGUCCACGACGGGGCCGCUGACGCCGGCGCACGGGAUCGCGCCCUCCUACACGCAGGCUACGGAAGUGUGAGAGGAGCCACGUGGAGAUCGAGCGUCGGACGGCGUCCUCCGCGGGCCGCUUCUCGAUUACCCGAUAUACGUAUUUAGCCUGUACGUGUCUUCUCCCGCGGGAAUCUCAAGGGAAUCCUCUCUCCAGCUCUGACGAUCGACGAUCUUCUUCGGCGCCUUCAGCCUGCCGCUCGAAUUCAAAGGAACUGACCCGAAUCAAUGACGAUCGAUGGUGUUAUAUCGCGACAGGGAGGGUCGCUCGAGUGUCUCGCGGUAUAGUGAGAUUGUGAUUUAAAAGGUAGACUCGACGACUUGGCACGCGCAGGAAUGCACGCGCGUGCGUAGGAUAGCGCGCGAACGAUGCCGAUUGAUUUCUCUAUCUUUAUUCGUAUCUAUCUAUCUGUCUCUCUCUUUCUAAUCUUUCUUACAUUCUCGUAAGGCGGUGCUCGUAAGGUCCGCCAACCGUGUCCGUCUAACGUGUAUCGUCUCGUCUAUUUAUCUAAUCUAGCCAUUAAAAAAGAGCCAUGUUGGGGGAUGCACACGCGCGUACGCGAAAAGCGGCAGCCUGCUUUCACUCCCCUUCCCGUUCCCGGAAGAGAACAGAAAAACUGCCACGGUGUUCCUCGAUAUCGCGCGCCGAGAGAUAUCCCUCUUUCCGGGAGAGGUUGUCCCUCCUCUCGUACCAAUUCCUCGCCACUGCCGCCCUUUGCGAUCGAGGGGUCGCGUGAUUUUGAAAGUAGCCUCGAUCGAAAGCAGGCGACCGCUGCUCGCGGUGGACGCGCGAUGAAGGGAAAGCGAAGUGUACAGGACGAAUGCUAAAGUAAACGAACCAGGCAGAAUGGACAACUGUAAAUACUGUUCUUAGAUGUUAGCCGAUGCUGUAAAUAAAAAGAAAACAGUCGCCAGACUCGUUGUAGGGUGUUAAGGCGCGAAAGACGCUUGCGCUUGUGGCGAGUGCUAUGUCGUUUCCUUUCACAGGCAAUUAUUCGACAAGACUUGUCGCACUCGAUAUAAACGGAAAAGUCCGCUAAUUGGUCCGCGUUAUGCAAUGUUGAACUGGAAUACGCCGCUUUCGCCAACUUUCCUCGAGAUUAAUAUUCAAUUUGUGACGGUCCGUUGAGAGAUUUAAUCAGACACAUCCCCCUUGUUUCAUUUAAUUAAUUAAAAUUCGUCAAGUUGCUUCUACCAUUAAGAUCGAGCCGUUGAAACUCGACAAAUUUUAUCUCCGCUAACGAAAGUUUGAGGUAGGCUGAUGAGAUCCGGCAUAUAUGUUAUUUUUGUUGAAAUUUUAGUUUAUAAAUAUGUAAAUCUCAUCGUGAAUCGUAUACGUAUGAAAGUUAUAUAUUUUUUAGUUUACGCUAAAUAAAUAUAAUUUAUAAUUUCAGAUUGAGCAACGCGAUUCGGAUUAAUCGAUAAUUUUUACAGAUUUUAAUCUGAUUUCGCAAGUAUGGUAGGAUCGAGCGUUAUAUUGUUGCCACGAGCGGACAAUCGUCGCGGAACUAGAUCCGCACGCGUCCACAGAAUGUGUAAUACAGAUAUAUUAUAUUACAUAAAAAUAGGUCUGCCUCGCGAAGAUCACACGUAAUUUAACACACGUUGGUGUACUAGUUCGAAUCUUUUUAUACGAUAAGUAAGGGCGCGUCGCGCUCUCUUGUCUCGCGUACGCGUCCGCACCGAGUCGCAACCGUCGUGCGGAACCGAUAAUAACCGAGAGCAGGAGAGACGCGACGUCCUUCUUUUUUUUUUUUUACUGUACUUCGCGCGGUGGUCGGCUCCUUUGCGCACGUGUCACGAAGGGUGGCCGACGUGAUAGCGCGAGUACGUAAAAGGGCGACCGACCCUUGCUCGGGGGGCGCGAAGGAGCGCGAAAGGAAAUCUACGCUCACCCCGAAGCAUAGUAAGUAGAAGAAAAUUAUGCACGCGCGCGUAUGUAAUUCUCAUGUAAAUCCCGAUGAUCUAGAAAUAGUCCCCGUGCGAGAUUACGCGCGGGAUACAGUGGAAGUGACAGCCCUUAAGUACGUAUUACACGCGUGACGAUACGCCAGCCACUAGCAAUAUCGUUAAUCCAGAACCUUUUCUAGUACCGGGAACCGAAAUCGUAGAGGAGAAUCAGAGAGAGAAAGCGAAAUUUUGGAGCAUCUCGUAAGCGAACUACGAUCGGACGUAAUAAAAAAAUUCCAUAAUAAUAUAUGACGCGACAUUUGGGCAAAUUUUGGACAACGUAUUCAACGUGACUCAGGGAUCCCGUUUAGAGCCCUGUAAGAUUAAUCAUAAGGCAAUAACGCGAAAUUUGAUUUUCAACCGUAUAGAAAUGGGGAUGAUUGAAGCGUACAAUGACACGACAAUCUUGGAUCACUGCCCGCUGUACUUCUUUACGAGAUGUUGCGAGCGCAGAGCACAAGCAAAAGGACUGAAAAACGAAAACUGCCUCAUCCAACUUAACACGUUGACUGCCGCGCCAUUCAUGUGUGAAUGACACUCAAUUUCGCGACAAAUUCCCAGAUUGCAAGAUUUCACUCUUUCGCCAUCGAAACAUCAUCGAGCGACUUUGAACGAAAAUUUAGUGUCGUUCAUAUUUGAAUGACGGUGCGCCUUCGAGAACAGCAAGUAUCGUUCGUACAUGAAUGACACGUGUGACGUGGCGGUCAAUACGUUAAAUGCGUUAACCGUCGUGUGUCUUAGACGGUUUAGAAACCUUUGCCAAAACGGAACAUACACACGUAAUGUUGUAAAUUAGUGGGAGUAAAGAUGUCUUACAAUUAGUGUCCACAUAUCACGCCAAUAAGCGAGGAGGGGGGGGGGGGGAGGAAACGAGCGAUAUCGCACGAGGGUGAAAGAGGGGGUGAACAAAGGGAAAUGUGAGUUCGGAGUGCAAAUGCCGGAAGUGCGAGUUUCUUCCGCGGAUAUUUGAGAAUGUUCGAUGAGCGACAUCGACGAGUGGCGUAGAGAAACCGGUGAGAGGAGUCUUUAUAAGUAUUUGUAUAAGCCACUUUUUGUCACACUAAUUGUCAAUAAAAAGGAGAAUACUGUGUGUAUUACGAAUGUGUUUCGAGACCGGCGGUAGCUGCUCCGCUCGUUCUUCCGCGUACACGGCCGGGGCGCGAUAUCGGAUAGCCUCUUUUCGCCUCCCUCCUUUAUGUUACUUUCGUCCGUUUUGUGCGUUUUCUCUCAUUUCGUCAUUUACGUUCUGGAUGGCGCGACGGGUUUCACGCGCGAUCGCCAUCGACCGCUCUGUACAAUUUUUACGUUGCCAUAGUAACCUUAGAUGUAAUCGACCGUCAUCGGUUGCAAAUAUAUAAAAUUAUACGUAUACAGGUAUAUAUAUAUGUGUACAUGCUUGCGUAUACACGCGUAUACAUGCAUAUACACAUAUAUAUACGUAAGUACAUAUGUAUAUGUAUACGGCCGCGUGUACAUACGCGUAUAUAUCCAAAAUGUAUACGAUUUUUAAUACAUUUUAUUAUUAUUUAAUUCCCCUGCGUCACAGUUGCUUCCCGCUCUCCUUACGACGGCGAUUCUACUCGUCUAUAAGGCGUCGCUCGUUUUUCUUAUUCCAGUUUCCUACGUGCUUUCUUCGACGCAACGUCCAAAGGCGUGACGCACCGAUGUCUCGCGGAUGAGUCUGCGAACUCAUCGCCGUCGGGUGGCGACUGUCGCAAGGACAACGAUUUACAUUUACCUUUAAGCUGUAAAUAUGUUUUACGCGCAAUUUCUACGAAUACAAAUGUACGCACCGCUAAUUAGCAA